AUCAUGUUUUCAAGUGACACCAUCUUGGGAAUAGUUCUCAUAGCUCAGUUUUGUGUUGGUAUCAGAGGGAACUCAUUACUGUUUAUUUUUUAUAUUUACACUUUCUCCUUUAAACCUCAUGUUAAGAGGCCUAUAGAUUCUAUUUUCAUGCACCUGACCAUAGUCAAUAUAGUGAUGGUUAUAUUCACACUGAUACCAGAUAUCCUGUCAACUUUUGGAGUACGUCGUUUUCUGGAUGAUGUUUGUUGUAAGGUAGUUAUGUAUGUAUUCAGAGUUACUCGGGCCCUUACCAUCUGCACCACCUGUAUUCUGAGCACAUUUCAAGCCACCACCAUCACUCCCAGUAAUUCCAAGUGGGCGUGGCUUAAGCCUAAACUCUCCAUGUGGACUUUUCCCUCCUUUGUUUGCUUGUGGCUCAUCAAUAUGCUUAUCUACAGUGUUAUAGUUGAAAUGGUAAAAGGCAAAACCAAUUACACUUUCACUGGCAAUGGAUAUUAUCAUGCUUAUUGUCAAAGCAGACAGUUUGGGAAUCACAAUUCAGGGUCAUUUUUAAGUAUCAUACUGAUUCGAGACCUCUUCUUUGAGGUCCUCACGAUGUGGACCAGCCUCUACAUGGUGACUGUCCUCUAUAGACACCAUAGGAGAGCCCAGGGUCUCCACGGGUCAAGACUUUCCCCCAAGUCUUUUCCUGAGCAGAAAGCCACUCGUGACAUUCUGUGGCUGGUAAGCUGCUUUGUGUUCUUUUACUGGUUGAACAACUUUGUCACUCUUUAUGGGUUUUAUUCGCCUGUGAAAAUCGCAAUAUUGGAAGAAAUUAAUGCAAUUUUUGCAUCAUCCUUCCCAACCCUCUGUCCUUUUUUAUUAAUGAAGAAUAAAAAAAUUACUUUGCAAUUUGCUUCUUCCCUUUCUAUUUGGAAAAUUCACUGCUUUAGAAGUGCAUUCAAUGGCUAA